AGACAUUCAGCGACACACAGGUAAGUAAAUAAAUAUAUAUUAACCCUUUCGAAGCAGAAGCAAACGUCGGAAUGGCCAAAAGCAAGAACUACAAAAAGAAGAAGCCAGUUGCCGAGCCCGGCGCGGCCGCCGAGGUCCUGAAGAGUGAUCAAGUGCCCGAGCCGGAGCGGGGACAAGGGGACGGACCCCGUGUCCAGGGCCUCAAGCGCGGCACUUUGGGCCGCCUGGGCGAGGUGGCUGUGAACUACCUGCAGGUGAAUCUGGACAGGAUGCCGGCGGUGGCAUACCACUACGAUGUGAAGUUCGUGCCGGAGCUGCCGAAGAAGUUCUUCCGGCUGGCGUUCGACAAGUUCCGCGUGGAGCAUUUGGGAGGUGCGGUGGCGGCCUUCGAUGGACGGGCCUCCUGCUACUCCGUGGAGAAGCUCAACUGCCGGUCCCAGGGCGCGGAGGUAACCGUCAGCGAUCCGUACGGCAGGAAGCUGAAGUACGCCGUGGCGAUUAUGGAGACCGCGGACCCGGAGGUGGACCUGAACUCCCUGCGCACCUACAUGCGCGACAGGAUAUACGAGAAGCCCAUGCGGGCGCUGCAGUGCCUGGAGGUGGUGCUGGCCGCGCCGUGCCACAACAAGGCGGUGCGCUCGGGGCGGAGUUUCUACCAGCUAUCCGAGCCGGGGAAGGUCCACAGCCUGGAGAACGGAGAGGAGGUUCUGUUCGGGCUGUUCCAGGCGCUGGUGCUCGGCGAUCGGCCGUUCGUGAACGUGGACAUAACGCACAAGUGCUUCCACCUGGCGAUGCCGGUCGUCGAGUACCUGGAGCGCUUCCAGAUGAAGAGCAAGAUCACAGCCCAGACGAACCUCGAGAGCCGGCGCUCGGAUAUCGAUGCGCACCUCAAGGGCAUCUCGGUGGCCUACGAGCCGCCGAAGUCCUUCCUCAGCGCCACGAGGGUCUACAAGGUCAAUGCGCUGACCCAGUACCCGGCCAGCAGGCAGGCGUUCAACUGUGAUGGGACGAAGGUGACGGUAGCGGCCUACUUCAAGAGUCGAGGCCACGCUCUGCGGUUCCCCAACCUCCUCUGCCUGCACGUCGGAUCGCCGCAGACGUCCGUCUAUCUGCCCAUUGAGCUGUGCCGCAUCGAGGAGAAGCAGGCUCUGAACCGGAAGGACUCCAAGGUGCAGUCGGCGGGCAUCGUGGACAUUGCAGCCACCUCGACGAACGCGCGCAAGGUCAAGAUCCUGGAGCUGCUGCGGCACUUCGACUACAACGCGGACCCCACCAUCUCGCGGUUCGGCUUUCGCCUCAACACGGACUUCAUCGUGGUGCAGACGCGCGUCCUCGACCCCCCCCUGAUCCAGUACCGGAACAAGGCCUCGGCCAGUGUGAGGAACGGCUUGUGGCACAUCGACAGGUCGCAGUUCUUCGACUCGAGGCCGAAGGCCCACAAGUGGGCCAUCCUCCACCCAGGCCUGAACUACAACAAGAUGCGGGACUUCGAGCAGUUUGUCCUUAGCCACAGUGGGCGUGUCAACAUGUCCCUGGCCCCCAAGGCAGAGAUACGGACGUACACGGACGCCAAGAGCCUGGACCCAAGCUUCAAGGAGUUCAAGGCGGGUCAAUACGACCUGGUGCUUGUGGUGAUCCCGAAUUCCGGGAACUUCUACGACAAGCUCAAGCAGAAGGCGGAGCUGGAGUACGGAAUCCUGACGCAGUGCAUCAAGCAGGCGACCGUCGAGCGGAGGUGCAACGGCCAGAUGGUGGGGAACCUGCUGCUGAAGAUGAACUCCAAGCUGAACGGCAUCAACCACACGCUGAAGGCCGACACGGCCGCGCUGCCCAAGAACGUGAUGUUCGUGGGGGCCGACGUCACGCACCCCACGCCGGAGCAGCGGGAGAUUCCCAGUGUCGUGGGCGUGGCCGCGUCCCACGACGCCUUCGGGGCGUCCUACAACAUGCAGUACCGCCUGCAGCGCGGGGCCCUCGAGGAGAUCGAGGACAUGGAGUCCAUCCUGACCGAGCACCUGCGCGUCUACCGCAGGUACCGCCAGUGCUAUCCGGAGCACAUCAUGUACUACCGCGACGGGGUCAGCGACGGCCAGUUCCCGAAGAUCAGGAACGAGGAGCUGCGAGGGAUGUCCGUGGCCUGCGCCAAGAUUGGAAUCAAGCCGAAAAUCUGCUGCAUUAUAGUCGUCAAACGGCACCACACGCGCUUCUUCCCGAGCGGCUGCCCCUCGGAGUCCAACAAGUUCAACAACGUGGAGCCGGGGACCGUCGUGGACCGCACCAUAGUGCAUCCCAACGAGGUGCAGUGGUUCAUGGUCAGCCACCAGUCCAUCAAGGGCACGGCCAGGCCCACUCGCUACAACGUGAUCGAGAACACGGGCCGCCUGGACAUCGACCUCCUCCAGCAGAUGACCCACAACCUGUGCCACCUGUUUCCCCGCUGCAACCGGGCCGUCUCCUACCCGGCCCCGGCCUACCUGGCCCACCUGGCCGCCGCUCGCGGACGCGUGUACCUCACUGGCACCACGACCUUCGCCUCCCCCCAACAGGAGUACAAGAAGCGGUUGAUCGACCCGGCCCUGUCCAGCAAGAACCCCAUGUACUUUGUUUAGUUUCGUUUGAUUUCCAUUUUAAAUUAUUCGUUGUCAGAAAUGUUUAAAUUAUAUUUUAUAAUGCCAGAUUUUAGUUGAAAUUGAUAUACCAAAAAAACAAAACUAU